AUGGUCCAGGACACGCUCGCAUUCAAGUGCGCCCUCAUCACCGGCGGCGGCGGCGGCCUCGGCUUUGCCAUGGCCGAGUUCUUCCUCAGCGAGGGCAAGCAGGUCAUCAUUGCCGGGCGCACCGAGGACAAGCUCGUGGCCGCGAGCAAGAAGCUCAAGGAUGCGCCCUACUACGUCCUCGACACGGGCAGCAUCGCCGACAUCAAGCCGUUCGUCGAGAAGAUCGUCAAGGAGCACCCCGAGCUCGACUGCCUCGUCAACAACGCAGGCGUGCAGCGCCCGCUCGACGUCAACAACCUCGACCUUGAUGCGGCGGACCAGGAGCUGAACAUCAAUGUGCGCGGCCCGAUCCACCUCGCCACGCACCUGCUGCCGCACUUCAAGGCCAAGCCGUACGCCGUCGUGAUGAACGUGACCUCGGUGCUCGGCUUUGUGCCGUACUCGAUCCUCAACCCGCUGUACAACGGCACCAAGUCGCUCAUGCACAGCUGGUCGUACGCACAGCGCACGCAGCUCAAGGACACGUCGGUGCGCAUCAUCGAGAUUGUGCCGCCGUCGGUCGGCACGGACCUGCACCGCGACCGCGUGGACCCGGACGACAACAAGAACACGCCCAACUCGCUCACCGUCGAGCAAUUCAUGAAGGAGACGAUCGAGGGCUUCCGCAGCAACGCAGAUACCAUCAGUGCCGGCAGCGGCAAGCAGCUCGUGGCCAAGUGGAAGGACGCGUUCGACGAGCAGUUCAACAAGGCAGCGGGCGCAUGGAAGGGCAUGCCGAAGAAGGAGUAG